CGUCAUGGCUGCGGGAGGAGACGACGUCCUCCAUCUUGUCGGGGCCGCGGGCGGAACUCGGGGCAACUCCGACUCGUCCCGGCCCGGGCUGGGUCCCGCCGCCCGGACGCGAGGACAGCGCCCUCUGCCGGCUCCACACCUGGCCCCGGCCGGCGCGACGGGGCCCGGCCCGGAUGCCGCUCCCGCCUCCGCCAGCCAAGAUGGAGGCGGCUGCGGGUCCACGAGCGGGGCGCCCGCCUGUCGGAAGGGCUGGGCCGGCCCCCGAGCCUCUGCCCUCGUCGGCCCCCAGGCGGACGAGGCCCCGGGCCGGCUCCGCGGCGGGAGGGAGCGCAGGUGCGGACCGGGCUGGGCCGGGUCGGGCGAGCUCCGACCAAGGAGCCACCUGGGCGGCGGGUCUCUGCUUUUGUUCGUCGUCUACCACCUAUGUCCCGGGUGCACAUCACGGGCUGUGCGGGUCCCGAGGUGUUACGUAGGAGAUUGAGUCCCCUUUGAUUAUUUCUUCUGGAGACUGGUAAAGGCACGGGUUUACUGAGUGACAGACACAGAUCAACGAAAACAAAAGCACUGUUAAUGGAUUGAUGAGAGUCCCGUGUAAUCUAAGUCCUGUGGUACUUACUGUACCGUCAAGACCAUCUUGAUUCAGAAAAUGCAGAAACACCCUUCAUGAUAAAACCACUCAACUAACUAGGAAGAGAAGGAAACUACCACCACAGAAUAAAAGUCAUGUAUGAAAAACCUCAGCUAACAUCAUUCUCAAUGGUAAAGGACUGAAAGCUUUUCCUCUAGGAACGGGAACAAGGCAAGCAUGCCACUUUCACCACUACUAUUAAACAUAGUACUGGAAGUUCUAACCAGAGCAAUUAGGUAAGAAAAAGAAAGGAAAGAUAUCCAAAUUGAAAAGGAAGAAGUAAAAUGAUCUCUCUUUGCAGAUCAUAUAAUCUUACAUACACAAAACCCUAAAGACUCCAGAAAAAAAGCUUUUAGAACUAACAAAUGGGGACUUGCCUGGUGGUCCAGUGGUAAAGGAUCCACCUUACAAUGCACGGAUCGCGGGUUCCAUCCCUGGUCAGGGAACUAAGAUCCCACAUACCGAGGGGCAACUACGCCUGCAUGCCACAACUACUGAGCUUGUGCACCUCAACUAGAGAGCCUGUGUGCCACAAACUACAUGUGCCUUGGAGCCUGCAGGCCACAACUAGAGAGAAGCCCGCGCCCCACAAUGAAGAGCCUGCAUGCGGCAACAAAAGAUGCUGCAUGCCUCAACAAAGAUCCCAUGUGCCGCAACUAAGACCCAAU